AUGGCAGCGCAGUCGGAGAAGAGCUCCCUGAAACGGGGCAGGGGUUCGGCGGGAGAAGCAGGCGAGACCAAGAAGCCGCGCAGGUCAGCCCGCUUGUCUCACAUCGCAGCCGAGACCGAACACGUCAACAAAGGUGGCUUGCCUUCCCCCGUCACCCGCAAGGGCACCACCGACGGCACCGCCAGCCCGCCGCCUCGCAAGCCAGACGAGAUUCAGCAGCGCGCAACGCCCCGCUCAAGCCCGGCUCCCCCUUCCCAAGCCCACGGCCUGUCCUCGCCCCCCUCCGAUACUCAGCCAUUCUCCCAGUUCCUACCUCCACCCCCGUUAUCCUACGAAGUCGAGGACGGAGAAGCUGAAGGCGUCUGGGGCUAUCUCAUCCCCACCUCCGGAUACGGCGAACCUCUCGUCCUGAAGAGACGUGAUGCGUGUCCAGUGCCGGUCGAGCAGCUUGGCGGUGUGACCGGACGCCAGUCAGUGCCAAAGAAGCACUGGCAAAGGAUGGAGGAGGGCUACGAAAAACAAAAGACCCUCAAUGGCAUCCCCGCCGGCGGCUACCUCUUCGGCCGACAUCCAGAAUGCGACAGGAUCAUCAACGAUCCUACGGUGAGCAACCGACACUGUCUCUUCUUCAACGAGCACAAGGAUGGGGAUGCCAUCGCCGUCGUUGAAGACUUGAGUGGAAAUGGGACGUACGUCAACGAUGCGUACAUCGGCCGGAACAAACGCCGCGAGCUCCAUGACGGCGACGAAAUCUCCAUCCUCGCCGUCGCCCGCUUCAUCUUCCGCUACCCUCGUAACCAAGACACAAACGCCUUCCGACAGCAGUACACCAUACAAGGCCAGCUGGGGAAGGGUCACUUUGCUACUGUGUACCUGGCAACAGAGAAGAACACGGGGAUGAGGUACGCGGUGAAGAAGUUCGAGAAACGCGGCGGGCCGGGCGAACGGAGCAAGGUGGAGGGUUUGCAGCAAGAGAUUGCCGUCUUGAUGGGAGUCAGCCAUCCGAACAUGCUGUGCUUGAAAGAUACGUUUGACGAGAGCGAUGGCGUCUAUCUUGUCUUGGAGCUAGCUGCGGAAGGAGAGCUAUUCAACUGGAUUGUCAUGAAGUCCAAGCUCACGGAGCAAGAAACCCGAAAGGUGUUUGUGCAGUUGUUUCAAGGGGUGAAAUAUCUCCACGAGCGAAACAUCGUGCACCGCGACAUCAAACCAGAAAACAUCCUAUUGACCGACAAGAACCUGAACGUCAAGCUUGCUGACUUCGGUCUCGCCAAAAUCAUUGGCGAGGAGUCAUUUACCACUACCCUCUGCGGCACUCCGUCCUAUGUCGCGCCGGAGAUUCUAGAGCAGUCGAAUCGCCGCCGCUACACGCGCGCGGUCGAUGUCUGGUCCCUCGGCGUCGUCCUCUACAUCUGUCUUUGCGGAUUCCCGCCCUUCUCAGACGAGCUGUACAGCCCUGAGAAUCCCUAUACCCUCUCGCAGCAGAUCCGGAUGUCUCGUUUCGACUAUCCCUCGCCAUACUGGGACCCCAUCGGAGAUCCGGCGUUGGACCUCAUAGACAACAUGCUCAAAGUCGACGUGGACGAGCGAUAUACAAUCGACCAGUGUCUCGAGCAUCCCUGGACUACCCAACAACCCAUCAGCCUCACCGAUAGCACCGAUGGGCUGACCGGUGCGUUUCGAGGCCUGGACUUCACCCGGCGCAAGCCCGUGCGCGAGCGCACCUUGCUGAGCUCGAUUAAUGACGUCAAGAUCGAGCGAGUGAUCAACUCGCAACAUGAGAAUGGGCAGUCGGAGCCCGUGAAGGUGUUCGAUAAGAAUGAUAGCUUACAUCCAAAGCCGCAAUCGCAGCAGAAGAAGCAGAAGAAGCCGGGUCAUGUGGAACAGACGAUGGAGGUGGCCCCUGAUGCCGGAAGAGAUCCGGCGGAGUUUGUGGAAAUGGGCGGGAGAGGAGAUGAGGUGCUGUUUGAACAGGAUGCCAAUGGUAGUCGCUACCCUGACCAGGCGGUGAAAGCAGGAGCUCCGCAGUGA